AUGGCUGCAACAGGAACACCACUAUCUGAUGGCACGAUGUAUCGUCGUGUAGUAGGUGCUUUACAAUACUUGACCAUCACCCGGCCAGACAUUGGCUUUGCGGCUUCUUCUCCUUCUGGUCUUGUCACUUUAGCGGCCUAUUCCGAUGCGGAUUGGGCAGGGUGUCCCGAUGAUAGGUGUUCUACAACUGGUUUUGGUAUUUUCCUUGGUUCCCAUCUUGUCUCUUGGGGAUCUCCAAAGCAGCGAACUGUUUCUCGUUCCCCUACAGAGACUGAAUAUCGAGCAGUCGCUUCUGUUGCAACAGAGCUUGUUUGGCUUUGA